AUGGCUGCAGCGAACGCCCCCUUCGCUCUCGUCAGCCGCCUCUCCUCCCCGGCCGCGCGCCUGCCGAUCCGCGCCUGGAGAGCCGCCAAGCCGGCGCCGCUCGGGGCCGGGAGAACCCGCCCGCUCUCCGUGGCUGCCGCGUCGCAGGAGAACAGGGACAACUCUGUCGACGUCCAAGUCAGCCAGAACGGCGGCAACAACCAGCAGGGCAACGCCGUCCAGCGCCGCCCGCGCCGCGCCGGGUUUGACGUCUCCCCGUUCGGGCUGGUGGACCCGAUGUCGCCGAUGCGAACCAUGAGGCAGAUGCUGGACACGAUGGACCGCCUGUUCGACGACACGGUGGGGUUCCCCACGGCACGGCGCUCGCCGGCGGCGGCGAGCGAGGGGCCGCGGAUGCCGUGGGACAUCGUGGAGGACGAGAAGGAGGUGAAGAUGCGGUUCGACAUGCCCGGGCUGUCGCGGGAGGAGGUGAAGGUGAUGGUGGAGGACGACACGCUCGUCAUCCGCGGCGAGCACAAGAAGGAAACUAGUGAAGGCCAAGGGGAGGGCGCGGAAGGACAGGGUGAUGGGUGGUGGAAGGAGCGCAGCGUCAGCUCCUACGACAUGCGUCUGGCGCUCCCGGAUGAGUGUGACAAGAGCCAGGUGCGCGCCGAGCUCAAGAACGGCGUGCUCCUCGUCAGCGUGCCCAAGACAGAGACCGAGCGCAAGGUCAUCGACGUGCAGGUCCAGUGA